GUCCCAGAUUGGAUCCACGCAGGGAUGAAGGAUUGGAUAUAAGAACCGAAGCGGUGGAUUUAAUCCCAACAAACAUUUUACAGAUUAUUGUUUGAUUUUUCUUUGAUCGACCGCGCUGCGAACUAAGUUUAAAGCAUCGAGCUGAAACCUGCCGUGGAACAGAAGAAUGCUUCCCGUCACGCAGCGCCGCGGGUUGGGCGGUUUUUCCCUGGUUCUCCUGCUGGUUGCGGGACUGCAGCGUGGAGCGGGGGCCCACGCGGGGACCUGCCCCCCUCCCUGCGUGUGUUCUGGGGAGCGGGUGGACUGCGGCCGAGUGAGAAGGGGCCGAAUUCCAGACCCCCUCCCGGAGUGGACGGUGCAGCUAGACCUGAGCCAUAACAGAUUGCAAGUUCUGGACAGGAAUCUGUUUUCCAAACUGGUCUGUUUAAAUGAACUAAAGCUGAAUCACAACAAACUGGAGGCCGUUCCUGAUCUGGGUCCUCAUGCGUCCAACAUCACCACGCUCAUCCUAGCAAACAACCGGAUCAGCGGGAUCUCAGAGGAGCGGCUCCGGUCCUUCUCCUCCCUGCAAACACUCGACUUCAGCAACAACAAAAUAGUGGAAAUAAAGAUGGACUCCUUCCCCGCUCUGCCUCUCAGGAACUUGUUCCUCUGCAACAACCGUAUCUCGUCACUGGAGUUGGGCUGGGCCGCCAACCUGGCCGGGACUCUGCAGGUCCUAGAACUCAGCCAUAACCGGAUCUCCAGUAUCCCAGCUCGGCUCUUCCAGCUGCCCAACCUGCAGCAUCUGGAUUUGUGCAGAAACCAGAUCCGUCGGGUGGAGGGCCUGACCUUCCAGGACCUACCUACUCUGCGCUCCUUAAAGUUGCAGAGGAACCGCCUCUCUGGGCUGAUGGACGGAGCCUUCUUUGGCCUCAGCAACAUGGAAGUCCUGCAGCUCGGCUUUAACAACCUGACGGAGGUGAGCAAAGGGUGGCUGUAUGGGCUGGAGGCUUUGCAGCAGCUCCACCUGGAACACAACGCCAUCAGCAGGAUCCAGCCGGACACCUGGAGGUGCUGCCAGAAGCUCAGCAAGCUCGACCUGUCCUCCAACCACCUGUCCAGGCUGGAAGAGUCCAGCUUCGAUGGCCUCAGCCUGCUGGACCAGCUCCACGUCGGAAACAACCGUGUGAGCUUCAUCGCCGGCGGAGCUUUCCGCGGCCUCCCCAACCUGCAGAUGCUGGAUCUCCAGAAUAAUGAAAUCUCCUGGACCAUUGAAGACAUGAAUGGACCGUUUUCUGCACUCGAAAAGAUGAAAACACUAUUCCUGCAGGGGAACCAGAUUCGCUCGGUGACCAAAAAAUCCUUCUCAGGCCUGGAUGAGCUGCAGCAUCUAGAUCUGAGCAAUAAUGGCAUCAUGUCCAUCCAAGCAAACGCCUUCUCCCAGAUGAAGAACCUUCAGCAGCUGCACCUGAAUACCUCCAGCCUCCUUUGCGACUGCCAGCUGAAGUGGCUUCCCAUCUGGGUGGCAGAGCAAACCUUCCUGCCCUCCAUCAAUGCCAGCUGCGCCCACCCACAGAUGCUGAAGGGCAGGACUGUGUUCUCUGUGCGCCAGGAGGAGUUUGUGUGCGAUGACUUCCCAAAACCCAAGAUUACGGUGCAGCCGGAGACGCAGUCGGCUCUCAAAGGAACCAACGUGACGUUCGUCUGUUCUGCCGCAAGCUCCAGUGACUCCCCCAUGAACUUUUCCUGGAAGAAAGACAACGAGGUCCUGAACGACGCAGAGAUCCACAGCCAGGCGCACCUCCGGGCGCAGGGCGAUGCGGGAAGUGAGACGGAAGUGACGGAGUACACCACCACCCUGCAGCUGCGGAACGUGGACUUCUCUGACGAGGGGAGGUACCAGUGCGUCAUCUCCAACCACUUCGGCUCGUCGUAUUCCACCAAGGCCCGGCUCACCGUCAACAUACUUCCCUCUUUCUUGAAAACGCCAAUGGACCUGACGGUGCGGGCGGGGAUGAUGGCGCGGCUGGAAUGUGCCGCCACCGGUCACCCUUCACCUCAGAUCGCCUGGCAGAAAGACGGAGGCACCGACUUCCCCGCCGCCCGCGAGCGCCGCAUGCACGUCAUGCCGGAGGACGACGUUUUUUUCAUCGUGGGGGUCAAAACGGAGGACAUCGGCGUUUACAGCUGCACCGCUCAGAACACAGCAGGAGCCAUUUCUGCCAACGCGACUCUCACGGUUCUCGAAACCCCCCAUUUCUUGCGGCCACUCCUCGAUCGCACCGUGGUUAAAGGCGAGACGGCCGUCCUCCAGUGCAUCGCCGGUGGCAGCCCUCCUCCCAGGCUGAACUGGACCAAAGACGACAGCCCCCUGCUGGUAACCGAGCGCCACUUCUUCGCCGCUGCCAACCAGCUCCUCAUCGUGGUCGACGCUGCAGAGGCGGACGCGGGGAAGUACACUUGCGAGAUGUCCAACGUCCUGGGAACGGAGAGAGGCGACGUCCGCCUGGCGGUCCUUCCGAACCCUAACUGUGACUCGGCGGCGCAGGGCGGCGUUGGGCUGGUCAUGGGCGGGGGACUGGGAGCGGCUGACGAUGGGUGGGCCACAGUGGGAGUGGUCAUCAUAGCGGUGGUCUGCUGUGUAGUUGGAACCUCCUUGGUCUGGGUGGUCAUCAUCUACCACACCCGCCGGCGGAACGAGGACUGCAGCGUCACCAAUACGGACGAGACCAACCUGCCUGCGGACAUUCCCAGCUACCUGUCCUCCCAGGGGACUCUGGCUGACCGACAGGACGCCUACAUCCCGUCCGAAAGUGGCAGCAGCCAUCAGUACCUGGCGUCGUCCUACAGCGGCUUCUACCUUCAAGCCAAAGACAUGAACGGUCUUUGCCAGCUGGACACAGGAAGUGAAGCCGACAUGCAGGCGGCCAUCGAUCCGUUGCUUUGCCAUUACCAAGGUCCGAUCGGCUCGCUGCUCUGUCAGGACGGCAUCUACCCCAGCGAGCCGUCUGACGGCUUCCCAGGUUUUCCCGCCUACCAGAAGCCGGUCUCCAUGGAGUCCUACAGCGGCAGCCUGACUAAACCCAAAAAGAGGGAGUACUCGCCGUUCGAGCAUUUGGACCUCUGCUCCUCCUCCCUCGGGCUGCAGCAUCCGGACAGCGGCUCGAGUCCAGGCUCCCCGUCUGAACAGGGACACCCGCAGCCGUCGCUUGAUGAGGCGGAACCCGUUGAUUGUGGAAAACCUCCGAACUGCGUUUCUACCAGCAACACUUUCAUGGGAACAUUUGGGAAAGCUCCUUGGACUCCGAACAAGGAUGUUUACGUCCCGCCAUCCGUCACGCAUCAUGGAUUAACUCUUCAUGAGAAUCUGUACUCUGCUCUGGACGUCGACUCGGACCUGGAACACAAGGACUCGUCAGAACAAGGCAGCAGCGUCUAUGAGCAGCCUUUUGACAGCUGCAGGACCGAUCAUUUCCCACAAACGAGGACGAGCUCCUAGCCGGUCGGCCGUCCUGUUUUUCACGAGGAGAACCAAAGAGAACGUAAAAAAAACCGGAACCUUUCUACCUCACUGAAUGGAAACCUUGGCAAUAAAGGAUGUCUGAAACGUGCAACAAUGAAUGUAAAGGACAGCUUCGUGCAAAAUAGCUGCGGUUAUUUUGCUGAUGAUGACAUAAAUGAAUAUUUACAUGUUUAUAUAAAGUUUAUUAUAUUUUGUAAAUUGUUUAUAAACAGAUUUGAUUAUUUUUGCUUACUUGUUUUUGUACAGAUACUUUGCAGCCAAGCAUCUUCCAUUUAUGUGCGCUUUGAUUAAAGCAGUGUUUUGCACAUAUGUUAACAAUAAAAAAAAAUGUGCUGGUAAUAAUCC